UAAAWUUGUUUGAUACAAACAUAGUUUGAGAGUCAUUGGUCAAACGCCGACAGCAUGUCUCAGCCGAUGCCGCCAGAAAAUAUAAAUAGCCACAUACUGGCUGUGCUCAGCCUUCCGCUGCUUGACAAACUGGCACAACUGGAGUUAUUAUUCGAUCGCUGCACCAUUCGUCAAAUUCAGGACAUUUACCCGCUCAUUGUCCACUCGAUAUUUGGAGUUAAUAGCAAUCCGCUGGGAUGGGGAUUACGGACGACAACACUGGAGAAUGCGGUGCAUUCUUACAACAGGCUGCAUCAAUUCUUUGCUGUGAACGGUAUUUGGAUGCACAUCUGCCAUCGACUGCUAAACGAGACUACAAAAUUCGAUAUAGAUAUUAAUUUAUUGCCGCGUAAAUUCAUAAGCAUGCUGCAAGGGGGUCCAAUGUUCUACUCCGAUCUAAUCAACAUCGACCCUAUAAAGCAWCAGCUGACCACGCUCUCCCUCAACGCCUUCGACUUCUAUAUGCUCCACUUUGUGCUGCACGCGCUGCAGCCUCUGCACACCAUCAAUCCCAUUGCUAUGCAGAUUCACAGCGAGAGGACGAAGACAGUCUAUCAGCUGCUGGUUGCCGAGUAUUUGGAUAACUUCUUGCCCCAGUAUCCAAAUGCCAACAUUGAACCAUCAAACUAUGCCAGCAGUGUCAAGGCGCCGCAACAGCUGCCCGCUCCGUCGCUGCAGCCGCAGCGGCAGCUGCGUUAUCUUAAGCUGCCCAGCUCUUAUCGCAACGAAAAUGGAGAGGCUGAAAGUGUAGGGGUGGCAAACACGUCGUCGCAGUCUUCGGCGGAUGGCCAUGCGACUGCUAGCCGGAUCUAYACCUGGCGCUCCGAGUCUGUGGUGCAUUUCUUCGUUGAUAUUUGGUUGCGUUAUGACGUCGAAUCGGAGCACCAUCUGCCCAGCAGCGAGUUUGUGCGAGGCGUUCGUACGCUUGUCAAGCAGAUACAUUUCUUUGCCAAUGGCUCGCGUAUGGAUCACAGUCCGCUCUGUCAGCUGAGAAAACUCUCACUAAACAUGGUUAAGGGGCGCAUCUAUGCCUUCCUCUGCAGUCUGAUCGAUCGCUGGCCACUGGACAGUUCGUUGAGUGUCGUUUUGGAGCUCUGGCUGAGCUACAUUCAACCGUGGCGCUACACUAUGGGCGCCACCAAUCGAACCAUGGGAAUAAAUUAUGAGCCACCUAUUACGUCUGUCUACGACGGCUUCAUAAUAGACAAUCUGAUUGUUUAUACACAUAUCUUUAUGCAGCURUUGCCUCGAUUUGAGCGACUGGAUUACUCGGUAUAUCGUAAUGCUUACAUGCUGCAUCGCCUGGCCAAAACGUUCGCACAGCAGGAUUUGGUUGAA